CAAGCAAAGAGGAGAGGAGCUGCCAGGCUUUGCAUGUCAAGUGGCCACUCAGCUGUUUGACAGCCUCUGGGUUUCAACCCCGUUGGGAUUGAGGCAGCUCAAGCAACCACGAGCGAUGAGUCCUGUCGUCUGCUGACAUUGCUGUAGCACCAUGGCAGACAGGCUGUGAUAUGACAAGACGAUCCAUCCUAGGGAGGCAGCGUUGGGAUCCAUAAUUGGCUUCCUGGGAAAAUACAGAUGGUGGAGAGGAUGUAAAAAGAGGCGCACAUGUACCAGGAUAUUGCUACAGCCUUGCCGAGCUGGUGGAUCCACUUGGAGGAGAGUUUUGCCACUGAUCUUGGGUUUUUUCCCGGUUUGGUAAUGUUGGCUUUGGGGAAAAUUUCUGCUGACUCACCCACCCCUGGACACCUUUUGCGGAGUGUGGCCAGCCAGUAAAGAGAUCCAACGGCGCCUUACCCCCACUGCAGGUCCCUUCUGGUGGCCCCUGGCACCAUCUUGUGCCCAACCCCAUCCCGUGGGGCAGCUGCAGCCCCCCGCCCCGGGGAGUCUCCCACAGUGACCCCCGCACCCGGGGCGGGGGUGAGCGUGCCCGAAGCUUCCAGCGCGGCCGGCGCCCGGCAAGAUUUUACCCUGUCUGCCGCCGGGGCCCCGGUGCCGCCCCCCGCCAGCCCUGCCGCCCCGCUCGCCCGCCCCAGGCCGCGCAGGAUGGGGGCGGUGCUGGUGCGGCGCGGGGGCUGCCUGCUGCUCUGGCUGGCCCUGCUGCUGGGCUGCUGGGCUGAGCUGGGCAGCGGGCUGGAGUUCCCGGGUGCGGAGGGCCAGUGGACCCGCUUCCCCAAGUGGAACGCCUGCUGCGAGAGUGAAAUGAGCUUCAACAUGAAGACACGUAGCUCCAGCGGGCUGGUGCUCUACUUCGAUGACGAGGGUUUCUGUGACUUCCUGGAGCUCAUCCUCACCCAGGGAGGGCGGCUACAGCUCAGCUUCUCCAUCUUCUGUGCCGAGCCUGCCACGCUCCUCUCGGACACGGCGGUCAACGACAACCUCUGGCACGCUGUUGUCAUCCGCCGCCACUUCAAGAACACAACGCUGAUCAUUGACCGAGCUGAGGCCAAGUGGGUGGAGGUGAAGUCCAAACGGCGGGACAUGACUGUCUUCAGCGGGCUCUUCCUAGGAGGGCUCCCGCCAGAGCUGCGGUCGGCGACACUGAAGCUGACGCUCUCCUCCGUCAAGGACCGGGAGCCCUUCAAGGGCUGGAUAACAGACGUGCGGGUGAACUACACGCAGACGUCGCCGGUGGAGAGCCAGGAGGUGCGGCUGGAUGACGAGCAGAGCCGGCUGUGCGCCAGGGACGACGUCUGCCUCAACGGGGGCGUCUGCUCGGUGCUCAACGACCAGGCCGUCUGUGACUGCUCCCAAACGGGUUUCCGAGGGAAGGACUGCAGUGAAGGUAAGGGGCCAUUUCAGCUCGCCCCAUCACCCCUCCCCAUCGCUCUGUGGAAGGGACGGGUCGGAGGCCAGGCCUGCAUGAAGUUUCAUCUGUAUGAGUGGAUCUUCCUCCCUCCCCUCCCUUCCCACCAUGAUCCCAGCUCCCGUCUUCUCCACCUUCUCCUCCCUGUCUUCCAUGUGUCUCUGUGGCCAACCAUGGUGCCAUCACUCUUCUGUUCUCUGUGA